GAUGUGCUAGCUCGACGCAGACCCGCACAGUUGAGCCGGGCUGCAACAAACAUGUUGCUUCGUACUGGACAAACUUGUAGAGUAUUCUUACAUAUGCCCUCACUUACGUUUAGGGGCUAAGGGCGAAGGUAGAUGGCGAAUGGAGCACACGGGGAGGAAUAGGCGGCCAGCGCUGUCAAUCAGGUGGACUCGGUGAACAUGCGCUGUACCCCGCACUGUUGUUCCCCUGUAAACCCAAUGGCCGUGCUUGUUUACCGUGCUCCAGCAUCACCGCCCGCAUAGCCGCGUUUCCAGCUUUGUUCCACCCGCGACCAAGCGCUCCAAGAUCAUCCGUCAUGUGGCUUCCCGAUCCCAUUUUGGCAGGAAUGGACCCUGCGCAGCUUCACCAACAAAGCCGGGGUCCGCAGCUGCCUCCAUAUAAAGCCAAUGCCGCGGCCCAAUCCACAGCAUACCUUGUUGCGAGCUACAAAGACAUCUUGUUUGUCCGGACGAGCAGUUGACCUCGGCGACAUCGACCAGACCAGACCAGACCAGGCCAGGACCGCUCGUGGAUGUCGAAUCGGAUACGAUACUAAGCCGCCAGGACUCGACCGAGAAUCACAAGGCCCUCCACGGCCCCAUCGCCGUAGCCUCCGCUUGCGAGGGACCGCCCAGAUCCGAGACCGGGCAUUCGUCGGCAAAUCAGGCUUGGAUAGCCGACUGCCACUUACCCAGGGUUGCCCCGAUCAACACGCCGAUACGUCAGGUGAAGGGGGGACGGGAGUUACAAGCCACCCCCACACGCGAACUCAAUCCCGAAAUUAUGCGUCUACCGACGACGUCCCCACUGGCACCCCCUCUUCUCACCCGUAUCUGGGGCGGCCGGCAAACAGCGCGGGUCGGUUGUGCUGCUGCGCUCCGACAGUCCGGAACUUUGCUUACCAGCCGGCGCGGAUACACAAACAAAGCCCCGGCCGUCGAGGGUCACGGACGUCGCGGCCAAGGACUGCAGUCUACCCUCUCUAGGACGCAUAAAGCUCGCCCCUCCCCCAUCCUAGCGCCCUUUGCGAGCAAGGGGCCGCCCAGCAUCAGCAGCAGCACACGCCUCCUCUCGACAGCGCCGGAUGCAUCGGACAAUAUGUACACAACAUCGUUUGCGUUUUUCGAGGCGCUAUGGGAGGCCGGCGUCACUCACUGCUUCGUGAACCUGGGGUCGGACCACCCCAGCAUCAUCGAGGCCAUGGUCAAGGGCACGAGGGAGAAGAAGGGGCAGUUCCCCAAGAUCAUCACGUGUCCUAACGAGAUGGUCGCCAUGUCCAUGGCCGACGGCUACGCUCGCCUGACGAACAAGCCGCAGUGUGUCAUUGUGCACGUCGACGUGGGCACCCAGGGCCUGGGAGCCGCCGUGCACAACGCGUCGACGGGGCGUGCCCCCGUCCUCGUCUUCGCGGGCCUUUCGCCCUUCACCAUAGAUGGCGAGAUGCGCGGGUCCCGCACCGAGUUCAUCCACUGGAUCCAGGACGUGCCCGACCAGAAGCAGAUCGUGGCCCAGUACUGCCGCUACACGGCCGAGUUGAAGACGGGCCGCAACGUGAAGCAGAUGGUCGGACGGGCCCUGCAGUUCGCCCGCUCCCAGCCACAGGGCCCCGUCUACCUCUGCGGCGCCCGCGAGGUCAUGGAGGAGGACAUCGAGCCCUACGAGCUGAACCAGCGUCACUGGGGCCCCGUCGAGCUGGGCGCCCUGCCCGAGCCCGCGGUGGCGGGCAUCGCCGAGGCGCUGGCCGGCGCAAAGUCGCCACUCAUCAUCACGGGCUACGCGGCGCGCAACCACGAGGUCCCCGGGGCCUUGGUCGAGCUGGCCGAGGCGGUGCCCGGCCUACGCGUGGUGGACACGGCCGGCAGCGAGAUGUCGUUCCCGGCGGACCACCGUGCCUGGCUCGGCGUCCGGUACGGGAUAGCGCCCGAGAUCGAGAGCGCCGACGUCAUCGUCGUGCUCGACGUGGACGUGCCGUGGAUUCCGACGCUGUGCCGGCCGCGCAAGGACGCUCGCAUCUUCCAUAUCGACUCGGACCCGCUCAAGCAGAUGAUGCCGGUCCACUACAUCGACGCGACGGAGCGGUACCGCGCCGACUCGCUGCAGGCCGUGCGGCAGCUCGCGGCCCGCGUCAAGGGCGACGAGGCCUGCCGCGCCCGCCUGGCGGGCCCCGAGGCCGCGGCCCGCUGGGAGGCCCUGGGGCGCAGCCAUGAGGGCCUGGUGGCGACCAUUGAGGCGCGGUCGAAGCCGCACGCCGACGGCACCUUUGGGGCGGGCCACGUGUGCCGGACGCUACGCCGGACGUGCCCCGAGGACACCAUCUGGGCGGUCGAGGCCGUGACCAACACCAUCUUUGUCUACGACGGCCUGCAGCCAACGCUCCCGGGCUCCUUCAUCAACUGCGGCGGCGGUGGGCUCGGCUGGUCCGGCGGCGGCGCGCUGGGGAUCAAGCUCGCCACGGACCGGGAGCACGGCGACGGAAGCAAGAACAGCGGCAAGUUUGUCUGCCAGGUCGUCGCCGACGGGACCUUCCUGUUCAGCGUGCCGGCCAGCGUGCACUGGAUCGCCAGGCGGUACGGCAUCCCGGUGCUGACGAUUAUCCUCAACAACAAGGGCUGGCAUGCACCCAAGCGCUCUCUGCUGCUGGUGCACCCUGACGGCGAGGGGUCCAAGGCGACCAACGAGGAGCUCAACAUCUCGUUCGACCCCGUACCCGACUACUCGGGCAUCGCCAAAGCGGCGGCCGACGGAGAUCUGUUCACGGCCAGGGUCGGCAAGGCGGACGAGUUCGAGGCAGUGCUCAAGGACGCCAUCGCCGCCGUGAAAGGAGGCCAAUCGGCCGUCGUAGACGUCAAGGUCGUUCCGGGCAGUUGAAGGUAGAUUUAUGGGGCGGGGAGGGUGAAUGGAGAAGAGUGGUGUGGUAUUCAGUGUACAUGGUCAAAAUCGGGUUCCAUCCCUUUUCUUCGGCGGUCUUGAAUUCACUGUCGAAGAUUUCUUUGUUGCAUCUGCGCGUGUCAAUAUGAAAAUUCCCCAAACCAUCCUACUUCACAUCCAGUACACCUCCCAACCACCUAACGCCCUGGCUUGGAUGGGGUACCCGCAACCUCUACCUAAACAUAAUUAUAUACAACAUCCGUCAAUGAAGUCGCUUAUGGAUGGGGUAUGUUGGCAAAUUGGACGGCUGUGUAAAUAUUUGAGAUGGGCGUGAGGGAAUACAUUUUGACAAUA